AUGCCGCCCUCUGCGGAAGUCGCAGAGCAAGGGAAGUUUCAAGAGCAUUGUGCACUUCCCCUGAGGAACGCUGAGCUGGCCAACGGACGACUUGCAAUGAUGGCGAUCAUUGGCAUGUUUUUCCAAGAUGGUCUCACAGGCUCAGCAUGGGGUGACUGGGCCAACUACACGGAGUCGCCUCUUCGUGCAUUCGAAAGCGAAUUGGGUGUGCAAGCGCCCGUGGGUUUCUGGGAUCCAGCAGGAUUCACAAGCGAUGGCGAUGCCCAGGAGUUCUAUCGCCGACGAGUGGUGGAGAUCAAACACGGCCGAGUGGCCAUGCUAGCAUGCGUUGGAUAUAUCGUCCAAGAGUUUGUUCGCUUUCCGGGCUUUCUUUCUCCAUCGACUGAUCUGAAAUUUGCUGACAUUCCCAAUGGCCUUCAAGCCGUGACCGUCGUCCCAGCAGUCGGCUGGUUUCAGUACACUGUGUUCUGUGGUCUCUGCGACUUGUGGAUUGCGGACCAGCGUCCUACCAACCCUCCGGGCAAGCUGCAGACGCGCCUGUUCGGCGAGGAGGCCCUCAACUACGACUACGGCUUCUUGGGCAUUCCCGCGUACCUGGGCGGAAAGCCCGUCGAGGAUGCAGAGCUCAAGCAGAAGAAGCUGCCGCGGCCUCAGCAAAAUCGAGUAUGA